UCCUCUGGUAUAUAUAUUUUACGUCACCAUUAAGAUAAGUAAUACAUUUUUUGAAAUGAUACCGAAUGUUGAGUACUUGCAUUAAUAGUUCAAACAUUGAGUACUUGAUGAUUUAAGGUUAAAUACUUGAGAGAUAAUACGUACUAAGUGUUUGAGAAUACUUUUGUAGAAAAUAUGUUAGUUUAAUUUCGGCGGGUAACACAUAUGUGUCUUUUUCCAUUUUUCUUUCGUCUCUUUUCCCCUUUUUUAACCCUUCGCUUCUAUGAUUAUAUUUCCUGCCACACCCUUUCACCCUUGAUAAUCGCUUUCUUACUUUCUUUACUUUCUUUUCCUUUUUUUCAUACAUCGGACUAUGAUCAUUAAGGAGAUAUAACAUAACUUGAAAAUCACUUGGUUUUUUAAGCAAUAACCAACUUCAACGAUACUUUAUCCUAAUUCUUACUCUACGUUAGAAUCUUAUUCUUUCUAUAUCUAUGAAAUUGAGAACAAUAAGAAGUAACGAUCAAGAGAUUUCCAAAGUCUUAAAAUAUUUAACAUUCUUAAUAGUAUUUAUACAAAUGACAGAUUACAAUCGCCGUAUUAACAAUAGUGUCAAUUAUAAGUGUAGCAUCAACGAUCAGAGGAUUCACUUCUCAAUACUCAAUUGUCCAAACCAUUCUAUCCGAAGAACGUUUCAAACAUUUCAAGCAGAUUUCAAGAUACUCGAAAAUUUACGAGAAUAUAGCGGAGGAAGCGAUUCUUAAUUCGACGCGUUUCUCGCUCGAUCGUUUCAUACACGUGGAUCAACAUCGUGGACCCCUCCUCUUUCACGGAACUAUCGCUACUUGAAGAUCAUCUUCCUGAGUAAAAGCCGCGUGCUAACCGAAUGUCGGCACAGACAGCAUCAUGAGCUUGGUAACGCUAGUGUUUCUAUUGGCGACAGUGUCGAUCACCCUGACGAACUCUCAAGAGACAGGGAUCCCUGACAAGAGUUUGGAUGUGACCCAAGCACCAAUAAAACUGGACAAAAACCUUCGCCGAGCUCUCUUGAAAGCCCUGACCGACUUAGAGGCCGAAUCUGCUGAGCAGCGCAAAGAGGAAUCGGAAAGCAUCGCUCAAAGAGACACGAGCGCCUUUGAGGUUGUAGCAAAGCAGAAUCUGAACGAUGAUCUUGGCGCGCAGAAAACUAAGUUCUCGUUCAAGAGUUUCCCAAGCGACGACGAUAUACCGAGCGAAGAUAAACUGCAGAAUUCUAGUUUCAUCGACGCCGUUCAUUACGUAACUUUGAAGUCACCAAUAAUGAACAUCGAGAAAGCCACGCAAGAAGACGCUAGGAGCUUCCAUGUACAAAACGUGAUACUACCGGUGAAAAAUCCAGCGAACUUCGGAAUUAAAACCGAACCCAAGGUGCAACAGAAAGAGAAAACGACACAAGCCACGUUUUCAGUGCAUAAAGUGGAGAGCUUAACUUUGAAACCAGCAACUGAGAUCUCUGAGAGUUUAGCAGGAAGCGCUUCCAAUGGAAUUGCCACUGCCAAUGCCUUGGUUGCUCCAAAACCAACUGAAAUCACUCCUACAGUGUCAACAAGAAAGAACGUAACAGUGAUCGAGUCUAACGACUCUAAAGACAAAACAGAGGAAGUUAAGAUUUUCCAGGCACCCUUGGUAGCAGCGUUUACCGUGCAACAGGAUGAACAAGGUGUACCCAAAAGCGUGGUUCCAAUAUUUAGAUCUCCCAACGAUGGACAAGCGCUAACUCUCCAAGAGCAGUUGGAAUUUAAACAGCAGCUUCUGGAGAAGCAAUUGGCAGAACUUCAGCAGCAACAGAUCCAGCAGACACAGUUUUUGGUGAGGCAACAGCAAUUGUACGAGCAACAACUGAGACAGAAGCAACAGCACCAGUUUUAUCUGCAGGAACAAGCUAGAAUUAAGCAACUAGAGGAACAAGCUAGGAUUAAACAAUUAGAAGAACAAACUAGAAUCAAACAAUUGGAGGAGCAAACUAAACUGAAACGACUGGAAGAACAGGCUAGAUUCAAACAGUUAGAGGAGCAACGUUUUAAGUUUGAGGAGCAGAGACUGAAUAGAUUCCAGCCUCAGCGUCCUAUACCUCAAAAGCAGUCCUUCUUUGAACAGAGCAAUAACAUCUUAAGCUUCCAGCCUCCUGUUGAAUCGAACGUUCACCUGCAGCCUAGUUUGGCUCUGGAAGUACCAAACGUUGACGCGUCUCCAGCUUUCCAGUCAACUUUCCAACCAGACCAACGUCUGCAACCAUUCAGACAACAGCCACAGGCACACCAUCAGCUUCAACAACAGCAACUGCCGCAGUUACCUCAACCACAGCAAUUGCAACAAUUGCAACAACUUCCGCAACCUCAACAGUUGCAACCACCCCAGCAGCACCAGAGACUGCAACAGAGCUUCGGCUCUUUCUCGAACGAUUUCCAGCCUUCGUUGACACCUGCGUCGAGGUUUAAUAGACAGGAAGCCUUUAAUUCUAUUGGAAAUUUUGGAUUCAACGUGGACAAUAAAGCGAAUACCGCAAAUGUUCGCUUUAAUCCUCCACACAGGACUCCAGGGAACUUCUUUUCUUUCACGCAGUUCAAGUCUCAGGCGCACCCUCCCACGCCGGCCAGGCAGAUUCAACAGCUUCUUUAUCAGUCUGGAAUAGCCGGAGAUCCGAACAAUGCGCAAGGGAUUGGAAGUCCUGAAGAUUUAAACAUCGUUUCCAAAGUUCUGGCAUUGAACGUGGGCGCCGUGCCGAAUAAGAAUUAGUUCAUGACCGUCAUUGGAGAAGACAUCCGCGCGAAGAAAGAAGAAGGAGAAGGCUGAAGUUAGACGAGUCAUGUAAAUCGCUGCAGGACGAUAUUAGCAAGGUGAAAUCAAGCUCCCACUUUUUCCCUUCCUUAUCCUCUUUAGCCGCCUUCUUCAUCUCCAAUCUAACGUAUGUACCGUGUACGAAUUUUUCUCUAGAUAGUGAUGGCGAAAAUGUCGUGUUAAUUCGUAUUCAUAUUUAUCUUCGAAUAGAUAGAAGUUGGAGAUGUUUUAUUAGUUAAAUUUCCGGUCGUCAUUAGAUAUUUGGUUUCUUUCUCGAUAUUGGUACAUGAAUAUUAAAGAUUAGAUACUGAUUAUAGUAGAACUUCAUUUAACUGAACUCAUUGGAGAAUAAAUGGCAACUAAGAAACAGCAUUCCGAUAGAAAAGGAAUAAUAAUUCAUUGAAAAUAGACAACGAAAAAACGAGAGAAUUUAUAAUACUAAUAUAUUUUAUAUCUUGCCUGAAUCACGUGCUACGUUAUGAAAGGAUUAAUCAAACUUCUCGCGUUUUAAUAUCGAGUCAUUCAUAGGAUCAAAGAUACAGACUAUACUCGUACGAAAAUCCACUUUUAACUCUGCAUUUAAUUUCAAACUAAGAAUUCCUGAAUACAAAUUGCAUGCGAUAUUUUGCACAAAAAAGAUAUGAAUAUUUUGAGAUAAAUAGCUAAUACUCAUGGAAAAAAUUAUAUACCGCAAGGGGGUUAAUAAUUCAAUUACCGAUACUAGUUCGACCAACGGUAAAAAUUCGGAAUAACGUCGGUUAUUCGCCAAGAUAUUUUCUGUCCGAAGGUUUCGUCGGAUGGAAUGCAUCAGGUGUAUUGCAAUCAACGAGCAUGAGCGCGAUCUCGAGCAAUUCCGAGUGAAAUCGAACCGAAACCGUUCGCAUAACAACCGUGCAACAACUCACUGAUCCCAAGGUGCGUGGGAUCGAAACAAUUCCCGAAGAAAAACGCGACUUUCCACCGGUGUCAUCGCAAUAAGGAAGUCCUUAACAGAUCUUGAUGAUAUUAAUUAAAAUCGAGAAGAUUUUUAGCUUAAGGAUUCAUUCGUUUGCACCACACGCAUAAAUUAUGGGAAUUACAUAACCUUAAAUCCGCGUUACAACACGCAGAUUCUGUACAUAAUCGCACGAUCCCUUAUACCCUAACCUCAAUUUCGCUUUCUUUCUCCUCGUUUCCUUCUCUUUUUCUCUCUUCAUCUUUCUCUCUUUAUCUUCCUCUCCUCUUCUCCACUAUUGUACUAUCAAGUUUCGUCACGGUUGUCCGUGAAAUGUGCUCAAUCGUAAAGAACCGAGCACCGUGAAAUUCCUUUACGGUCUGCGUGGAGGCUCGAAACUGAGUUUUUCGUUGAUGGGAUACUGAUCGGUGUAAAGAUAGCGUGGAGGGAUUUAGACGGUGUUCGAGGGACUUUACUGGUAAUAAUUAUUGUUAAUGUAAGACGUGCAAGGAAUAAGAGGAUGGCGAGUAACUUGCAGAGUAUCAAGGAAGGUAUUUGUUGGUCAAACGUGGUGUCGGUGGUGGAAAAUAAAUAAUUAUCGCCCCUUAUAUGUUUUUGUUACAAAAAAGAUUAGAUUAUAACGAAUACUAUUUCUUAAUUAAAUUUUAAUUCACUAUAGAAUCAGAGAUUUCAUUGAUACUGAUGUAACCAUUAGUCGAUUAAUAUAAUGAUUCCUGGAUUUCAGAUUAAGAAAAUUAGCUACAACUCUGUUCCCUUGCUAGAAAAUAAAAUUUUGUUUCUAGGAGGUUAAUUAAAAUACGAAAUGCUAUCAUACUUCAAGUACUUUUUGAAAUUAUAAAAACAAUGGUGCGUUACUAGGGAAACUAUAGUUGUUAAAACUUCUAAAAUACAUAUUACGAUACAGGUGGAUUAUAAUUCUUUAAGAAGAAAGACAAAUAAUCUUAUUAGAAAAAAUCUCAUAUCUUUCCGUUUGAAACUGAUAAAAUUUUUACUCAAGUUUCAUACUAAAAUUUCAAAAACCUUGGCACAAUUUUCAAAUCGCUAAAUCCACAGAUCGCUAAUGCCACAGAUGUGAAUAUUAAUUAGUCAUUUGUUUUCCACCGCCGAGCACGAUUUUUCAUCAAAAGGAACAAUAGCAAAUACAAAAGAGACCUAUAACCACUCUGCACAACAGCCAAAGCCAAAAUUCUUGUGCAAUCAAGUUUUUUUUGCAUCAUCGCGUUAAAAUCGUCUCUAUUUCACAGCAGUCAAUAUAAGAUGUUUCUGCUACAACGAAUAAUCAUAAUAUACACGAUAAGACAGCAGUUUAGAUAAAAUGUUUCUGCAACGACGAACAACCAUACUAUACACGAUAACACGCAGUAUAACUACUGCCCCGGCCGAGGCCAUUAUUUAUCUAGAUGUACUUACUAGUUAUAUGUAGUCUGUUUCAAUAGUAAUAAGAUUGCUUGCCUUAUAAGUCCAGGUUUAUGGUUCUAAUUAGAUCUAAGUAAAUUAAUAUGAUCUUUGAAGCACAUUAAAGUGUUUUGGUUAUAUAAAAGUUUGGUAUAUAUCAUUUAUUUGAUGAAAGAAUUUUUUUUAUAGAUUUUUAUGAGAUUUUUUAAUGGAAAAAUAUGUGAGUGGGUGUGUUUGAAGUUUUAUAUAUUUUUUUAAUUGGUACUUACAAUUACGGUCUAAACUCUAAACAUAAACAAAACGAAAGUCUAAUACUAUAAUACGUUAGUCGUAUAUGGUCAGAAAUUGUGAACAAUCAACUGUGCAAAGUUAUAAUAAUAUAUACAGUAAAAUAGAAAGAACCUCUACGAAUCUACUAAAGACAAGAAAUAACAAAUUAUGAAGUUACUCUUGCAACAGACUACGCAUACAGUGUGUUCGAUUUAAGUGUAUACGCGUUAAUAUUUCUCUAACUAUAAAAGUACACAAAAUUUUUCCUACAAAAUUUGAUUCGAUGGAAAAGUAGAAAUAGAACUUUUAAUCAAUAAUAUAUUCCAUUUUUGCUAAUCUACUGAACAUUUCAAGGCGCGUUUAACAGCUUAUAUUAAACCGCAUCUUUGAACAAAAAUUUAUUAAAUAUCCCUCUAAGUAUUAAUACCUAGUUUGAGUAAUAUUAUUUACUCAUACUUUAGAAACAAUAGAGUGAUAAUAUCCUAAAACACGUUUAUUUGGAAAAUAACAGCUAUAUAUUUAGUUAAUUAGUGUUUCUAUUCGACUUACAAAUAAUUCCAUACCAUUCAACUAUUCUUAUAAAAUGUGACAUAUAUAUCAGUGACAUAUAUUAAAUUCAUGUAAUAUCUAUCCCUCCUGAACCUGUCAAACAAGUUAGGUUAAAGAAAUAGUAGCGUGUAUACAAUGAAAACGAACAUUCUAAAAAGUAUCUAAACCGCCGGACGUCGGCACUGCGAGAAUUCAACUCUCCUGAGAUCAAGGGUCUCGCAAAAUCGUGCAUCCAGCCAUGCUUCAGAAUUGAAAAUACCUCGCCGACUGUAAAUAAACUUUCGCCACGAAAGACGCCUCACAAUACCACCAGGGAAGAGUCGCAGGGCAAGUGUGUGUACGUGCAUGUCCUCAAUUUCACAAACGUUUGGCAUAGAUUCGUGAUUUUCUCUCUGGCGUACGGAUCGAUGGAUCUCGUGUGACCUGAGAGCCGACGUAAAUCGAUAUUCAGGAAACGAUAAGUUGGGCUUACUUGUUAUUAUUAAUGCUAGAAUUACCAAACCAGUCAAAAUAAUUGUUCUUAUAAUUGCUACAAAUAACUGAUUAGAUGAAUAACAAGAAAUGUGAAAAUUGGCUAUAGUACACUAUAAGAUAAUAAAACAAUUGGUAAUUCUUUUAUGAAAAUAUUUGGAUAAAUACCACAAUAGUAUUUGAUGAGAUAUCUUUUCAGUUGUAGUAAAUAUAUUAUAGUUGAGUACAUAUUAGAGGUUGGUAAUUCCAGUAUGAGAUUAAUUGUACUUUAUGUCAUAGAAUUAUCAAACUUGAGUCUUCUUUGUGUAAUAAUUUUGCUCAGAUAGGGAUUAUUCAAUCCCUGAAAGCAUCAGUUUUGAUAAUUAUAUGAUAUUAAACCGUGAAAAUUUAAACUAAAGAACAAUGGCAAUUAUUUGCGAAUAAUAUUAUAAAUAUGAAGAUCUAUAUUUAUAAAAGAAAAUAAUCUCUUUUUUAAGUUUGUAUUCCUGUUGAAAAUUUUGGGAAUUGUUUGUAAGGAGGACAACGAAACGAAACGUGUGUGGGAAGCACUUUAUGCGAGACGAAUGAAGAGGAAUUUAUACAGCGAAAACAAAAGCGUGUAUAGGUUGUUUUUCAACGUGUGUUAAGACUUGAACUUAUGUUAAAAGUUAAUAUAUAACAUUAGAAUAGAUAAUGUUAGACGUAAUCGACAAGUUUUGCUUGUAAUUUAUCUGACGCCAAACUAUUACAAUUCUUUGUAAAAAUGUUAAUAAACUAAUUCGUUUAAAAAAGUAAUAUAUCACUCAUUCCAUUCGUACGUAACAGUAAAAUAACUUCUCUUUUAAGAAGUAAAAUUAUUUUUUUAUAAUAAUGAAUUUCAUAAUCUUUAGGUUAUUUUCACUGAUUUUAUAAAUUUAAUCUUCUAUAGAUCUUUGAUAAUGAAAGAUUGAUAAUAAAAGAUAUAAUGCCAACAAUGUCGAAUAAAAGAAUGGUAUUUUGGCUUUAUUAACGUUACUAGGAUCUAAUAUUAAAAUGAAAUUAUUAUAACAGAGAAUUUAAGAACUUAUUUGACUGGUCAUUACAAGUUAGAAGAUCAUAUUGUGAAUAUUGAAUUUCAUUCAUGCAAUACGUAUUAUCUGUUCAUUUGAGACGGAUUAGACAAUGUGUAAUUAGAAAAUAAUAUUCAAUUUUACACCCACUAUGGAAACGCAGAUAGAUACUAAUGCCAUCUACGAUGGUUGUGAUAAAACGUAACAAAACAAAUAUGGCAGAAGACAAGAUUGGUUCAUUGGAAGAGGAAGCUUUGAAACGAAAAGAACGCUUGCAAGCUUUGAAAAAGAAAACCGAGGAUAACAAAGAAAACCAAAAUGAUAGUGCUAGUACGUUACCAAAACCGAAAUUUCGGAGUUAUAAACCACAGGAUGACA